ACGUGACGCAUUAGCGGGGCGGAGUUUGGUGACGUUUCAGGACACAGGGAGGACUCUUGCCGAUAAACAAGUUUGAGAUCAAAACAAUCUCUGAAGGAACAGCAACAAAGAAGGACACUUUCAGCACAACGGCCACACCCGAAGAAGAAAACACAUUUUCAUCUUGUUAGACUGCAACAGAGGCAUAAAGAUGCUCGGGAAGAUUCUUUCUCAUCUGCUCGGGAAUACCGGUGACGACUUUGAGGCGGUGGACGACACUUUUGAGGAUCUGAUGGAGUUUGAGGAGGGAGGAUGGGUCAUUGUUAAUCUCCCAGAGAACGUGCCGCUGUCGGCCCCUGAGGCGGACCCACUCGAGAACCUGCUGAUCGAGCACCCCAGCAUGUCCGUCUACCAGAUCAGACGCAGGAUGAGUGGAGAAGAGGAAGCUGAGGAGGAGGAGGAGGAGGAGGAAGGAAGCUCUGAUGAGGAUGAAGAGGACUCUGCCAGGCCGGUGGCAGUGAGGCGGCACAUCUCCUGGCGUUUGGCCGCCUGGGGAAUCCCCCUGCCCUGCAACAUCCAGCUGUUGGCUGUCCAGAGGGCGAGGACCCAUGCUGAGCGCAAGAAGCUGACUCGCAGCGCCCUCCACAGGCAGAACCUGGCUAAGACGCGAUUCUCCCCGGCAGAGAGACGCUACGGCCACUUCAAGCAGCCCUGCCAGCGCCUUUACAAUUACUAAGCAGGAACAAUCCACCUGCUUGUGAGGGUGAUCGUCAGGUUGCAUCCACCACAGCUCACAGUGCCUUGACUCUGUAUCACUCAGGUUUUCCAACAUUGUUUCACCUCACAUACAUUAUCCUGAAAAUGACCGAACAUCAGCCGGCAGCAACACAAGCUUUUAUUACAACGUAGGCAACCUGCACUGAAACCCUCACGUGUGAAACCACUGAUCUCCUGACUUCGUGAAUGACACCGUCCGCCCCCUCAGGUUGGAAAACGUUAGUAAGAAGCAGUUACUGUCAAGUAGCAGUUGACUUGUUUGACAUGUUUAGACUGGUUAGAAAUAAGUAGGGUUUGGGCUUAUAUAAAAUGUUGCAAGUGUGUGAGAGAUAUUGUAAAGAUGAUACCGUUACAGUAUGUGACACCGAUCCAAAACUGCGAAAUAGAAAACAUCUUACCUGUAGAAUACUUUGCUCUUAAUGACGAUGGCAGUCGGCACAUUUUGAUUGAUUAUUCCUCGUGUUCAGUAUGCGUUAUAUCAUGUGCCUUAGCUUUAGACGUUCGUGUGACGAGUGUAUUACAAGUUUAAAAAGGCUGAUUUCAUAUCGUGUUGACCUGCACAGUACUCACGCCCUGUGCAAACAUAACCAUGCUGUUUGAAUUUCAUAAGAACAUUUUUUUUGCUUCACACAGAAACCACUGUUCAUGUUUUGUACUAAGACUACUUUUCAGCGAGUACUUUUUUUAUGUUAUAAAAUUGUUCAUGGUAGACUCAUGAGUGUAAAUACAGUUGAUGAAUAUUUUCAUGUUACACAAAUUGUUCAUGGUAGACUCAUGAGUGUAAAUACAGGUGAUGAAUAUGUUUUUUUCUAUUUGUGUGUAUUUAUAAAAUGUAUAAAAAAAUUCAAAUAAA